CGCCGGCAGCGUUUCCCGCCCCUUCCCGUUGCUAUGGCGAUGCGCUGUUGCCGCAAGAUGGCGGCCGGGCGGCAGCCGACUCCGCGGUGCGGCCCUCGGUAGAUGCUAUGGCGGCCCCUUUCCUCGGGGCGCUGCUGCUGCUGCUGCUGGCGGCACCUUGCCCCGGGAAGCAGGCUUGGGACCCCGUCUUUCAGCCUUCAUUUAUCCAUAUGUCAGGGCCCAGAGUCAAUUCAUUUUUUCUUGGAAAUUCUUCGGGAGUUAAUUUUUCUAUAAUUUUAAGUCCUAUAGAUGAAGAGACAGGAAGAUUGCAGCUUGCAAACUGCAGUGGAAGUAAAAGAGCUGGUGAUUGGAAUUUGAAUGUAACACCUGGUAUGAACACUUCCAAAGUGACUAUAAGCUUGACUAGAAAUCUGGAGUUGUGUUUGCCCAAUGCUACUGACUGCUGUACGACACCUCUCUGCGUGGUUGAAACACUUCAGGUUUUAGCUUGCCGUGAUUCAGUAAUGUUGGCACAUCUCCUGAUCCAAGCUGAAAUAUAUGCCAACUCUUCCUUUACAGGAAAUGUGUCAGAAAAUGCAACAAUCAUCCCAAACCAGGUGUUUCAGCCAUUGGGCUCCUGUCCUUGUGACUUGACAGCUGGAGCUUGUGAUGUUCGUUGUUGCUGUGAUCCGGAAUGUACACCAGACUUGAAGCAGUUAUUCAAUGAAUCAUGUUUCACUGGAGUGUUUGGUGGGGAUGUAAAUCCACCUUUUGAUCAGCUGUGCUCUUCUCGGUCAAUGGAAUAUACACCUGAUUGGUUUCCUUUCCUCUGUGUACAGUCUUCUCUUAACAAUACACCAUUUCUUGGCUACUUUUAUCAUGGCUCUCUUUCUAUACCCAGAGUUCCUCCGUUUAAGAUUCCUUUACAAACUUCUCCUGGGAAACUUUUCACUGGUUACUGUCAAGGAAAUCCAAUUAUGACAGAGGAAAAUGAGUAUUUUACCAUUCCCCAGCAAUCCAUGGCUGGACAGUGUGUUGGAAAUGCCCCUGUUGCGUAUCUCCAGAACUUUGAUGUCAAAUGCCUUACCCAUCUAGCAUCUUACAAGGAAGGACUGCCCCAUGAUGUGAGGAUAAACAGUGGUACUGGAGACUUCAUCCAACAAAAUGUCAUCUAUAGGACUGUCACAGACAUGGGCAAAUUCAUCACUGAAAGUGAAAGUGUUCCUACUGCUGAGGUUCUCUGUCAAAAUGUAACUUUUGCAGAGCAUUAUAUGUUCAUUUGGAAAGACAAGAACAUAGAGCAAAUAAAUGUCACAGUCUUCCUCGGAAGUUUAUGUGAAGGAGAAAUACUGACGCAGAGAUUCACUGUCAAUUUUCUAAGUUUAAAGAGUACUAAUGUAGCAGAACUGUUUGGGAAUCCAGGUUAUCAAGUUGGAAAACCAGUGAAAGCUGCAAAUAUGAAUGCCUCGAAUAUUUCUGGAAGCCUAAACAUUUGGCAGCCAGCUGGCAGAGGUUUAUGUACAUCAGCAACUUACACACCAGUUUUAUUCGGAUUAGAUUCGCUCUCUGGGUGCAUUCUGGAAGUUGGUAUUAAUGAAGAUUGUAGCCUUUUAAGAGGAAACGUAACUGCGAAAUUGAAUUCAUUGAUACAAGCUACUCAUAUUGGAAAGAGGGACAACUCAAGUUACAGUGAUCUAAAUGACUGGGUGGAAAUCAUACGUCUCGAUCCAUUUAAUUCUGAAACCAAUGUGAGCAGGGGAAACUUAACAGGCAUUUGUCCCGAUAUUCCUGCAAAUCUGAAUAUUCGCCUAAUCUUUGCUGAUGUGGGUGCAGUACAAGGGAUUCCCCAGCAAGAGAUUCUUGCUGUGCAGAUCAGUUACUCAACAGUCAUCUGGCAAUUCCAGUGCGGGCUUACGUGUGAAAACAGCGUCAGCUUUCUUCCCAUCACUGCUUCUGUUCAGUUUAUUAAAGUGCCAGCCCAGCCACCCAUUCCAAUGACCAGCUUUCAGAUCAAUUACACGGAAUUUGACUGCAAUCGAAAUGAUGUGUGCUGGCCACAACUUUUUUAUCCAUUGACAAGGUUUUAUACAGGAGAACCAUAUUCCCAGUGUCUUGCUAAAGGCCUGUCAUUGGCAUUUGUUGUUUUACUUGCAGCAAUUAUGAGCAACCCUUGGUUUUCUAAAUUAUGGAAUAGUUCCUUGCGCUAUACCGUGCGUUGGGAGCGGCAGGAGCGCGUAGUGGACCCCAGCAGGGUGAGCGCUGCGUGCCCCGCCGCACCCGGGGGCGAGCCCAGCCCAGCCCAGGGGCUGCAAAGAGAUCCUCGGGGUCGGCCUCUGCGCUGGGCCUUUGUCCUGCCACGGCCCGGCGGGUCAGGGCGGCGGGUCCUUUCCACAGUAACCCACCCUGCCCGCCCGUUUUUGGAGCAGCGGAACAGAUUAUUGACUCUCACGAAAAGCAGCCAUGCUGCCGCAGCUCUCAUGUAUCGAUCCGUACUUCUCUUUUCCAGUUCGGGCUGCGCGCUGGCAGCCUGCACCCGGUCCGGGCCUCUGCCGCGCCUCUCCCGCCUUCGCCGCCGCCGGUUGGCCGCCGCGGCGGCCCCGCCCCCCGGAAGCAGCUGGCCGCGCUGCCGGCGGCGGGCCGGGGCGCUCCGCUCCGCUCCGCCAUGGCCGCCGAGCCGCGGGUCCCCGCCGGACGUGUCGCCGCGCCGCCCCGGCGCCCGCCUCGCUGAGCCCCCCCCCCGCGCCCCGCCGCGCCCCGCCAUGGGCUCGCUGUUCCGCGGCGAGCCCAUGUGCCUGGCGCAGCUCUUCCUCCAGAGCGGCUCGGCCUACGAGUGCCUCAGCGAGGUGGGCGAGCGUGGCCUGGCCGAGUUCCGAGACCUUAACCCAAAUGUAAGUGUGUUUCAGAGAAAAUUUGUGAAUGAAGUAAAGAAGUGUGAAGAAAUGGAAAGAAUACUUGGCUAUUUAGUACAAGAAAUUAAAAAAGCGGAUAUUCCACUUCCUGAAGGAGAUGUUGCUCCUCCUGCCCCCUUGCUGAAACACAUUUUAGAAAUCCAGGAACAGUUGCAGAAGCUGGAGACAGAAUUGAGGGAAGUAACUAAAAACAAAGAAAAGUUGAGGAAAAACCUGCUUGAACUGACAGAAUACACAUGCAUGUUAGAGGUCACGCAAAGAUUUGUCAGGAGAACAGCUGAGUAUGAAUCCCAUUUACAUACGAAUUACGAAGAAUUUCCAUCAGUGGAAAAUGAGCCGUUAGUGGAUUAUAACUGUAUGCACAGACUGGGCGCCAAGCUGGGAUUCAUAUCUGGGUUAGUUAACAUAGCAAAAGUUGAAGCAUUUGAAAAAAUGCUGUGGAGAGCCUGUAAAGGAUAUACUAUUCUUACCUAUGCAGAGUUGGAUGAAUGUCUGGAAGAUCCAGAUACAGGCGAAACCACGAAAUGGUUUGUUUUUUUAGUGUCCUAUUGGGGUGAACAAAUUGGCCAGAAAGUUAAGAAGAUUUGUGACUGCUAUCACUGUCAUGUGUAUCCCUAUCCAAAUACCAUGGAGGAGCGCAAGGCCGUUGUUGAAGGACUGAAUGUUCGUAUUCAGGAUCUUCAUACUGUGCUGCAUAAAACUGAGGAUUACUUACGCCAAGUCUUGUGUAAAGCAUCUGAAUCCAUCUAUACCUGGGUUAUCCAAGUGAAAAAGAUGAAAGCCAUUUAUCAUGUACUCAACCUAUGCAGUUUUGAUGUCACAAAUAAAUGUUUAAUCGCUGAGGCUUGGUGUCCAGUGGCUGAUCUGCAAAAUCUGCGCCAUGCGUUGGAGGAAGGUUCAAGGAAGAGUGGAGCUACAAUUUCUUCAUUCAUGAAUACUAUCCCAACAACACAACCUCCUCCAACUUUGAUACGUACCAAUAAAUUCACCUCAGGGUUCCAAAACAUCGUUGAUGCUUAUGGAGUUGGAAACUAUGGGGAAGUUAAUCCAGCUCUCUAUACCAUCAUCACUUUCCCCUUCUUGUUUGCGGUUAUGUUUGGAGACUUUGGGCAUGGUCUACUAAUGUUCAUAUUUGCACUCCUGACAAUACUGUAUGAAAACCACCCUAGAUUAAAAAGAUCACAAGAUGAGAUAAUGAAAAUGUUUUUUGAAGGCCGAUACGUUAUUUUAUUAAUGGGUCUGUUUUCUGUAUACACUGGAUUGAUCUAUAAUGACUGUUUUUCGAAGUCAUUAAAUAUAUUUGGUUCUGGAUGGAAUGUUUCAGCAAUGUUUGAGCAGAAGGUUUGGCGUCUCGAGGAUCUGAAGUCUAAUCAAUUUUUAACACUGGAUCCAAAUGUUACUGGUGUAUACAAUGGAGCUUAUCCCUUUGGAAUUGAUCCGAUCUGGAAUUUGGCAAGCAACCGUCUCAGCUUUUUAAAUUCUUUCAAAAUGAAAAUGUCUGUGAUUUUUGGAGUAACUCACAUGACGUUUGGAGUUGUAUUGGGGGUGUUUAACCACUUGCAUUUCAAGAAAAAGUAUAAUAUUUAUUUGGUUUUUCUUCCUGAACUUUUAUUCAUGAUGUGCAUUUUUGGCUACCUUGUGUUUAUGAUCUUCUUUAAAUGGUUAGCGUACUCUGCAGAGGACUCUACAUCUGCUCCUAGUAUUCUGAUUCAAUUUAUUAACAUGUUCCUGUUUCCUGGUGGUGAAACAGAGGUCUUCUACACCGGACAGAUUGCUCUACAGAGGUUUUUACUCAGUAUUGCUUUUCUUUCUGUUCCUGUAAUGCUUUUUGGUAAACCACUUUAUUUAUAUUGGUUGCACAGCGGAGGCCGAGGCAUUAGAAUGUACAGGAGUGGGUACAAGCUAAUUCGAAAAGAAAGUGAAGAAGAACUUUCUCUGCUGAGAUCUCAUGAUGUAGAAGAAGGCAGUCUUUCAGACAGCGUGCAUAGAGAUGGGGAUGGAGAGGAGCUUAAUUUUGCAGAUGUUUUUAUGAAUCAAGCAAUUCAUACCAUUGAAUACUGUCUAGGAUGUAUUUCUAAUACAGCCUCAUACCUGAGACUCUGGGCAUUAAGUCUUGCUCAUGCACAGUUAUCAGAAGUUCUGUGGCAAAUGGUGAUGCGAGUGGGUCUUCGUGUGGAUACAACGUAUGGUGUCUUACUGCUAGUCCCUGUUCUAGCCUUUUUCGCUGUGCUAACAGUGCUUAUUCUUUUGGUCAUGGAGGGGCUUUCUGCUUUCCUCCAUGCUAUACGACUUCACUGGGUGGAAUUUCAGAACAAAUUCUACUCUGGUGGAGGAUACAAGUUUACGCCUUUUUCUUUUAAGCACAUUUCUUUACAUUUUAAUAAAGAUACAGCAUAGUUUGGUUGCUGUCAGCAGAAAUGUUUGGAAUUGUCUGCAACUAAUCAUGUGAUUGGAUCUCACCUAUGAAUGGUUUCCUGCAGGACAAAGUGUUUUUCACUGAUUGCCUUACAAUGCAGCCAAAUAAUUCUGUAAUAUAUACCUCCCAUAGAAGUACAUAGCGAAUCUGGAGCAUCUUGUAAAGCAUAUAGAGAUAAAGUGUACAUUUUUCUUGAUAAACUAAUGUUGUAAAUUAAUUUUAUUCAUAAAAAAAAAAAGUUGUUACUGCUUGUCCUAAAACCAGUGUAGGCUUUUUUUUUUGUUGAGGCUGCAUAUUUUCUUGAAUGGUUACCUUAAGUUAUCUAAAAGACUUUUUGUCAUAUUAAGCAUUCAUUACUAAUCACAUACUUAAGCAAGCUACCAUCUCAUGCACUUUGGGAACAAGUCAGCAAUGCAACAGAAGAAAUGUAUGUUUUCAGUAUUCCAGAAGGAUUAUGAUAUGUAAAUUUAUACAUAGCAAUGCAACGUGCUCUACUUUGGCCAUAUUUAAAAUCACACUGAAAAUGUUAACUGUUUAUUCUGAGUUCUGCCCAGAGUUAUUACUUUAACUUUUCAGAAGCCACAGUGAUGUUUAAUGUUAUGGAAGAAGACAGGAUUAGAAGCGGAGACUGGGUGUUAGCCCUCUUAUUUCCCUGUGGUGAGGAGCUUUCUGAGAUGUGCAGUUCUGCAAAGCGUGCUGUAUGCAGCCUGUCACUUACUGUGACCUCGAUGGGUAAAAGCCUCAGAAAAAGUCUUGCACUAUCUGGAUGAAGACUCAAAUAAAAUAAUCAAACUGCCUAUGGGAAAUUUUUAUCCCGAGUUCUGUUUUUACAGUGUGAUCCCAUGCAGAGUUUCUACUUGUAGUAGUUAACUUUUGCAUGGGGAGUGAAGAAUUGGCCUCAAUUGUGUUUGUGUUUGGCUGUAAGGACAUACAUAUGCUGUUACUUAUCUGAUGUUGUUGAACCAAAGUUUGUAUUUCCAGAUAAAAGGGGUCGUUUUGUAUUAUUUUAUUGUAUCGGUACGAAAAUGGGGAUAUUACCAUAAUGUUUUAACACCUGUGCCAUAAGAACAGCAGAAGUUAAAUUUUGCACUUGUUUCGUACCAAUUCCGAAUAAAACCUGGUUUGCGCUGUGCA